AUGAAAAAGUACCUUCUAUUUAUGGUGCAUGCUCAUUUGAACUUUAGAAAAGCAGAGAUUGAAUCAUUGGCAGAUUUGUUCAAUAUUGAAAGUAUAGAUUAUUCGAAAUAUUCUGACCAGAGUCCAUUUCUAAUUGCCGACUUGAAAAAUGAUGAAGAAGCAAGCACCUGGAUUAAGAGAUCCAUCUUAACUAAGGCAAUCUAUGAAUAUUGGGGAGAAGGUGAGACAAUGGAAGAUUUGCACAAGUCAAUUAAGGAACAACCUUACACCGAAAAAUAUAUUAAAGACUACGAAUUGGAUUCUUUUAAAUUUGAAUUUGAAACUUACAAAGGUAAUUCAAAAAAUAAUAAUGUUGAUAGAGUUAAACAAAUAGAAUCAUUCAGAUAUUUAGAUUUUAAAGGUAAAAUCCGUAUGAAGGAUGCAAAACAGAUAUAUACUGUUAUAGAAAAAUACCAACCUGUAAGUGAAAACAUUGGUGGUGAUAAACCAGUAUACCAUUAUUUUGGUAGAUUAGUACAAAGAAGUAACAGAAGUGCCAUGGAGAAGUACGACUUAAAGAAGAGACCUUACAAAGGUACUACAAGUUUUGAAGCAGAAUUAUCUUUAGUGAGUGCAAAUAUAGCUCAGGUAAAACCAGGUACAAUAAUGUACGACCCAUUUGCGGGCACAGGUUCAUUUCUAGUUGCCGGUGGUCAUUUUGGUGCUCUGGUUAUCGGCUCGGAUAUUGAUGGAAGAAUGAUAAGAGGUAAAGGUGCUCAAGCAAGUAUCAAUUCAAAUUUCAAAAAAUAUGGCGAAAGCGAAAAGUUCUUAGAUGUUAUUACUAUGGAUUUUACACAUAAUGCAUUAAGAUCAGAUCUAAUGAUAGAUACAAUUCUAUGCGACCCACCUUAUGGUAUACGAGAGAGUAUUAAAGUAUUAGGUGCCAAAAAUCCUGAAAAAUUUGAAGGUAAAGAGGAUGUAGAAAUUGACGGUGAAAAGGCUUACUUAAAACGUGAUUAUAUUCCAACCAAAAAACCAUACUCAUUGGAUGCAUUAUUGGAUGAUCUAUUGCAGUAUUCUACCGAGAGACUACCUAUUGGUGGCCGUUUAGCAUUUUGGAUGCCAACAGCAAAUGAUGAAAAUAUUGAAACAAUUGUACCAAUGCAUUCAAAUUUGGAAUUAAAAUAUAAUUGUGUUCAAGAUUUUAAUAAAUGGUCAAGAAGAUUAUUAGUUUAUAUCAACAGGGGUGAUGGCUACAAUGGUUCUACCAAUGCAGGUAAACAGAGAACAUCAAAUUUUAGAGACCGUUACUUUAAAAACUUCAACUAA